AAAUAAAAAUACAAGACAGAUAAUUUUAAAAAGAGAAAUUCAAUGGAAAUGAAGUGAUAUGUAGAGAAAGAUGUCAGGCCCGACGUUGGAUUGUAGCGGCUCGUGCUUACCUCCUCCACCUGGUGGGUUGCACUCUUUUUACUAAUAAGAGUUCAACCUAUGUUCAUGUGGUGCAUCUGGAGGGUUUUCGAGACCCAGGUCAGUCUAGGGGCUAUGCCUGGGGAGUUUUUGCGCUGGUUCACAUGUAUGACCAGCUAAAUGAAGCUUUCCAGACCCCCACACGAUAGAUGGUGUUCGAUAUAUGAGCACUUUCUCAGUGUUCAUCAGUCUGUCACUGAUGAUGCGUACACUGAGACUACCCCACGUGCAUUGAGGUGGCUUACGACGAAGGCGCACAUGAAGGGGAUCAAGAGAGCGUCGUACAGGGCACGUUUAGAUGCUCUGACGAUCACGGACGUUUCCUGGUUGCCCUAUAGUGAGCAUCGGGUAGUUAGGAGCUUUGAGCUUAUUUCAUGCUACCAGGGGCAGCUCAGAUGGGGUCAUGUUGUGGUCUACAUUCGACCAGAGCGGGUGGUACAACAGUUCGGGUACAUUCAGACCAUCCCUCCACCACCGGUUACUGCUUCGUUGUCGUGUGACGAGAUAGACGAGAGGUGGAUGCUUUUCGGGGACCAUUUAGCACCCGCGGGUGAGAUUUGUGUUGUCCUCGGGCAGGUAACAGUGGACUACAUGGAGUGGUUUUUGUAGAUAUCUCACUCGUUCAUCACGCUGACCCAGGAAGGCGAUGAGCCCAAACAGCCAGCUGCCCCAGAUGUGGAUGCAUACGUCGAGCCAUAUGUCCUUGAGGUUCUAGUCGGAGCUUAUCUCCCCAGACAUUCAGUGUUGCUUGUGAAGAUUGUGAAGCGAUCGCAGAAAGGUUGGAGCGUGUGCUUAACCUUAGGAUAGUGACUGCAGGAACAGAGUUACAUGACAUCAUGGAAGAUUGCCUGCGGAUCGCUAAGGGUGAGGCCUCUGAUCGAAGUCUUAGGGCGCAAUGUAGACAA